UAUUGUGGGGGUCUAAAAAGCAAUCCACAAAGCUCCGUUGGAAACCAAAAAACCUGGCAUUAGCCAAGUUACUGUGAAAUUGUUGAUUUGAGUCACGAUCAUGUCUUCUGGCGGCGACGGCGGUGGAGGUAAGUUUUUUUUCUGCCACGUAUGCAGUCGGAGAGUUACCUGCACCGACGAUGAUUCCGAACCUUUCUGCCCAAUUUGCUUCCAAGGUUUUCUCGAAGAAUGUGAACAACCCGAACCUAACCCUAACCCUAACGUGAUUUUCCGCUUCAACCAUCAUCAAGAUCAUUCCUCCGAUUCAGAUUCCGAAUUCCCAUUCCAUCCCUUCGCUCUUCUCCCAUUACUCCUUAAUUCUGCUUCCGUUUCCCGGACCCGACCCGAUUCCGACAGUUUCGACCCAUUCGCUUUCCUUCAGAAUCAUCUCAACGGCCUUCACGCCGACGGUGCAAACAUUCAAUUCGAGAUCAAUAAUCCUUCUGAAUCCGAACCUGGGUUUCGUGUUCCCUCUAACCUUGGCGAUUACUUCCUCGGUGCUGGCUUCGAGCAAUUGAUUCAGCAGCUCGCAGAGAAUGAUCCUAACCGUUACGGAACACCGCCGGCAUCGAAAGAGGCUGUUAAGAAUCUUCCAACGGUAACUGUUGAUGAUGCGUUGUUGAGCUCGGAGUUGAAUCAAUGUGCUGUUUGUCAGGAUGAGUUUGAGAAAGGUAUGCAGGUGAAGCAAAUGCCUUGUAAGCAUGUUUAUCAUGAUGAUUGCUUGCUUCCAUGGCUUGAAUUGCAUAACUCUUGCCCUGUUUGUCGACAUGAAUUGCCUACUGAUGAUGCUGAUUAUGAGAACCGGGGUAGGGAUGAUAACAGUGGUGAUGGGUUGAGGUCUGUUGUUGGUGGUAACAGUACUGGUGGUGGUGGUAGUGGUGGUGGAGGAGGAAAUAGGCCUGUCCACAGGACUUUCAGAAUAUCUCUGCGGUAUCCUUUUGGUUCAGGCGACUCUGCUCAAGACUCUGGUGAAAGGGGAUUUGGAAAUAGGCAAGAAGAUUUGGAUUGAAAGUUGUAAGUAUCUAGAUAGGUAUUAUUUGGUGUUUGAAGCUGGGAACCAUCUUUUGCAGCUCAGGGGUGUCGUGAAUAUUUUACUUGCAUUGUUAUGUUUAUAGAUGUUCUUGUAAGGAUAUAUUGUCAUCCUCGGCUAGUAACUUUGUCCAAUUAAAGGUUGUUUUUCCAAUCUAGUGGAUAGAUGAAAUAAGGUAUUUUGUGACAGUACAGUUUUUGAGAUUUUAGGUAUUGCUGUCCAGUGUUGAUAGUAGAUUUUCACUGUUUUUGUGUACAGAUCAUCUUCACCAAUCAUUCAAUGUUGAUUGUCAUCCUGUA